UCUCCCUCUCAUUUGUAUAUUUCUUUUUUUUCAUUUCUUCUUCCUCAGCUCUGAGAUUCUCAGAAGCUCUUUGAUCUCUUUACGGUCUGCUCAAGACGUGAUUUUGUGGCAAACCCAUUUAAAUUCUCCUAUUCAAUUUUGGUUCAAAGCAAUCUCCAAAGAAGUAGGCGGGAAUCUCAAAUUUUGGAUCUCUUACACUAGUUGUCGGAAAAACCAAUGCUGUCUACACCAAAACCACAAGGACGAAUAAGAAUAACAAUAAGCAACCAAACAGAGACGGAGGCCUGGAGUGAGAAUCGAAAGAAAAUCUGAUCGACGGAUCUGAUGUUGGGAUUGGGAUUGAUAGGAAUUAGGGUUUUGGAAGGAUGCAGCUUCACAUAUCGCCUAGCAUGAGAAGCAUCACGAUUUCGAGCAGCAGAAACAAUGAUGAAUUAAUGAAGAUCAAACUCGCACCUCGUCACAUCUCUUACCGCACUCUCUUCCACACCAUCUUAGUUCUUGCCUUCUUGUUGCCUUUUGUCUUCAUUCUUACAGCUAUUGUUACCCUUGAAGGUGCCAACAAUUGCUCCUCCAUUGAUUGUUUAGGGAGGCGGUUAGGUCCACGUCUUCUUGGUAGAGUAGAUGAUUCAGAGAGACUAGCUAGAGAAUUCUAUGCAAUUCUAAACGAUGUAAGUACUCAAGAAAUUCCAGAUGGUUUGAAGCUUCCAGAUUCUUUUCGCCAUCUUGUUUCCGAUAUGAAGAACAACCACUACGAUGCAAAAUCUUUUGCUCUUGUCUUGCGAGCCAUGAUGGAGAAGUUCGAACGAGACAUUAGAGAAUCCAAAUUUGCAGAACUCACAAACAAGCAUUUUGCAGCAAGUUCCAUUCCCAAAGGCAUUCAUUGCCUCUCACUAAAACUAACAGAUGAAUACUCCUCCAAUGCUCAUGCUCGUAGACAACUCCCUUCACCAGAAUCUCUCCCUCGUCUCUCAGACAACGCUUACCACCAUUUCAUUCUCUCCACGGACAAUAUACUCGCUGCAUCCGUUGUGGUCUCAUCCGCUGUGCAGUCAUCUUCAAAACCCGAGAAAAUCGUCUUUCACAUCAUCACAGACAAGAAAACCUACGCUGGUAUGCAUUCUUGGUUCGCUCUCAACUCUGUUGCACCUGCUAUUGUGGAAGUCAAAGGUGUUCAUCAGUUUGACUGGUUGACGAGAGAGAAUGUUCCGGUUCUUGAAGCUGCGGAAAGCCAUAAUGGUGUCAGAAACUAUUACCAUGGGAAUCAUGUCGCUGGAGCAAACCUCACUGAAACAACUCCGAGAAGAUUUGCUUCUAAACUGCAGUCUAGAAGUCCGAAAUACAUAUCAUUGCUCAACCAUCUUAGAAUCUAUAUUCCGGAGCUUUUCCCAAACUUGGAGAAGGUGGUGUUCUUAGACGAUGAUAUAGUAGUACAGAGAGACUUGGCUCCACUAUGGGAUGUUGACCUUGGUGGUAAGGUGAAUGGAGCAGUAGAGACUUGCAGGGGUGAUGAUGAAUGGGUGAUGUCAAAGCGUUUAAGAAACUAUUUCAAUUUCUCUCAUCCACUCAUUGCAAAGCAUUUGGAUCCUGAAGAAUGCGCUUGGGCGUAUGGUAUGAAUGUCUUUGAUCUACAAGCAUGGAGAAAGACAAAUAUCAGAGAAACGUAUCACUCUUGGCUUAGAGAGAAUCUAAGGUUGAAUCUGGCAAUGUGGAAGCUUGGAACCUUGCCUCCUGCUCUAAUCGCGUUUAAGGGUCAUGUUCAGAUAAUAGACUCGUCAUGGCAUAUGCUAGGAUUAGGAUAUCAGAACAAGACCAACAUAGAAAAUGUUAGGAAAGCUGCAGUGAUCCACUACAAUGGGCAAUCAAAGCCAUGGCUGGAGAUUGGUUUCGAGCAUCUCCGGCCAUUCUGGACAAAAUACGUCAACUACUCUAAUGACUUCAUCAAGAACUGUCACAUCUUGGAGUAGCAAACCUGAAACUACUUUCAGAUGAUAUUGAAGGUACUUGCAGGUGUGUAAAAGACAGAGGGAAAGGUAUUAGCCUAUUUAGGAAGUAAAAGAAAGAAGAGAUAAAACGUGAGCACUCCAUGUUUUACUCUCUCUAAAGACUCAGACAUUUUAGUUUGCCAACAUACAUAAGAAACUUGUUGCAGCGUUUAAGGGAAGCUGCUGCAUAAGAGAAAGAGAAAGAGGAAGAGGAAGAGAAAGAGAUAUAUGAAGAUUCAUUCUUUCUGUAAAAUAGAAGGUUACCCUUUUUGAAAUUCUUUCGGUUUCAAUUGGAGAAUCCAGUUCUUGAAUCUUUUUAUAAGAAUAUAGAAGAUUGGAUUUGUCUUUUGGUUAUUAAGGGGGGUCAUGACCAAGACCACACUUGUUACAUUUGCUCCAUGCUUCUUAAUACAGCAAUGUAUCUCCUUUCUUAGCUUCAUAAUCAUUGAAGCUGUGAUUUGCAAUGUAAUAUGUGAAGGCUAUACAAG